GUUUACUACGACCAGUUGGAUCGAGUCGGUCAUUCCUCGGGUCCUUUGUCCGAUGAACUUCUUCUCGACGUGUUACCACAACUGGAUCAGGUGGUAGAUGGCUUGGUGGAGCAUUUGCGCUCACUGGAUCGUGAAGUGCACUUGGUGCUCACCUCUGAUCAUGGAAUGACAGAUGUACAUGGCAAAGAACUAUUGGAUCGAUACAUUUCUCGUGACCAAGUGAAGAAAGUCAUCAAUCGCGGUAGUACCGUGGGCAUCUGGCCUCAUCCAGACCGGUACAAUCGGACCUACCGUCGUUUGGAAGGCUUGCGUAGUAAACACUUUUCUGUCUACAAUCUUUCUACAAUUCCGUCGUCAUGGCAUACGGGUGGCCCAUUGUUUCCACCGCUACUAUUGGUGGCCAAACCUGGCUAUUUGAUCCACUCGGAGCACUGGCCGAUUGAGUCCAAUCAGUACGACCCGACACAACCAUAUGUGGGUGCGCAUGGCUAUGAUGCAACCGAGUCGGAUAUGCAUGUUCCACUCUUUUUAUUCGGCCCCAUGGUGCGACCCGGAGUCACCUACCGAGAUCGACCGUUGGAUCAAACUUACACGUACAAACUGUUGACCGCUUUGUCCGGACAGAGGGGUGCUUCGGAACAAUACACUGCAUCCGUGCGUUCUUACGCUCCGCUUUGGUCGUCACACGAUCUCAUGACCCGUGACACGUUCAUAGUCAGUGUUUCAUUGGGAAUGGUGUUCUGUGCUCUGUUGUGCGUCCUGUUACUCUCGGUGGGUCUGUGGAAAUUGUGUCGAUCUCGGCUUUUGUUUUUCUCCCCGAAAUCCAUCUCCAGAUCUGGGGAUGUCGACGAACUGAAUGAACAUUUGAUAUCCGCAGACGGAAUGCGUAAAGUGUCUGAAUAUCCCGGUUCGCUGGUCGCUUAG